ACUGUUCUCUCUCUCUCUCUGUGUGAGUUCAGGAAAAUGGCCGAGGCCAGUAUUUCAGUAGCUCAGGACCAGUUCAUGUGUCCAGUGUGUCUGGAUCUCCUGAAGGAUGCGGUGACUAUCUCCUGUGGUCACAGUUUCUGUAAGGUGUGUAUUAAUGGCUGCUGGGAUCAGGAGGAUCAGAAGGGCAUCUACAGCUGUCCUCAGUGCAGAGACACUUUCACGACAAGGCCUGUUCUACGCAGAAACAACAUGCUGGAUGAAGUGGUGGAGAAACUGAAGAAGAAGACUGAAGUCCAAGCUGCUUCUCCUGCUCAUUGUUACGCUGGACCUGGAGAUGUGGAGUGUGAUUUCUGCACCGGGAGAAAACACAAAGCCGUCAAGUCCUGUCUGAUUUGUUUGACUUCAUUUUGUGAAAUUCAUCUGAAACCUCAUCGUGAAGUUCCUGCUUUGAAAAAACACACAUUAAUUGAAGCCUCAGCAAAACUCCAAGAGAAGAUCUGCUCUGAACAUAACAAGCUGAUUGAGAUCUACUGUCGUACUGAUCAAACCUGCAUCUGUUAUUUGUGCAUGUUGGAGAAACAUAAAAACCAUGACGCUGUUUCAGUUGCAACAGAAAGAGCUGAAAAACAGACACAAACUCAUGUUUCUAUUUUUCUCUCCACAGCUGCAGCAGUUCAGAUCAUUUCAGAACCAGAACCACAGAGCAGAGGAGAGUUUCUGAAAUAUUUCUGUUAUCUGACUCUGGAUCCCAACACGGCACAUCGUCGCCUCAUUCUGUCUGAGAAGAACAGAGCGGUGAGAUGGAGUGAGAGAGAGCAGCGUUACUCUGAUCAUCCAGAGAGAUUUGAUUCCUACAGGCAGGUGUUGUGUAAGGAGAGUGUGUGUGGACGCUGUUACUGGGAGGUGGAGCGGAGCGGUGCUGCUGGUGUGUUCAUAUCAGUCUCAUAUAAAGACAUCAGAAGGAAAGGAGAGGGUAAUGAGUGUGGGUUUGGAUACAACAAUCAGUCCUGGAGUCUGUGCUGUUCUUCUUCUUCUUCUUCUCUCUCUUUCUGUCACAACAGCAUUGAGACUGAUCUCAUAGUUCCAUCAGCCUCCAGAAUAGGAGUGUAUGUGGAUCACAGUGCAGGAACUCUGUCCUUCUACAGCGUCUCUGACACGAUGAAGCUCCUCCACAGAGUCCACACCACAUUCACUCAGACUCUAUACGCUGGGUUUGGGUUCAGGUUCGGGCUCCUUUGGUUUUCUGGUUCUACAGUGAGAUUGUGUGAUCCAGAAUAAGUGUGUAGUGUUUUCUGUAAAAUUCCUGCACGUUGCCACGUUGUUGCUCAGUCGUCUGUUUCACUAGAACACAAUCCAGCUGCACAAAAACACUCAUUUUAAUAUUUAGAUUAUAAAAUAUGCCGAUGUCGUGUUCAUCCCAUAUUCAGCCUGGAUGAUGAUUGGCCCGCAGAUAGAACCUUAUAAAUCCAGGUUUAUAUGUGAGUUCGGGUUUUUUAUUCAAAUAUGACAGUCAAAGCUUUGCAGAAUAAAAGAUAAGAGCACAGGAGAAUAAAGUUUCCCCCAGUGAUGGAGUUUCUGUGCUGAACUCAUUUUCAGACAGAAGCUUUUAAUACUGAGGUCAGGAUGUCAGCAAGCUGCUGUAUUGAUACGCAACGGGGGUUUUCUCCACUUUGGAUGGAUAUUUUUAGAUUAUUUAAUCUGUGGAAAAUAACCACAGUGUCUUAAAUAUGUGUUUGUGAAAAUCACUGUAAACCUACAACUGACUUUCCUCCAAAAAACAUUUCUUUUAAUGUCAUAU